AUGUUUUCACCUCUUGUUGAUUGCACCAAAUCAGCCAUUCAGUCAUUUAACAAGGCUAAUAAUACCAUAUCUACAAAACCUAUUGCCAAGAUUCGCCAUGACCCCUACAGCUGCUGUUUGCUCGCUCCUGAGGAUUCGAUCCAUUCGUCAUUGUCGCCAUUCUCGACAGACUCGAUGGCGCCAGGUUGCAGCCCAGAAAACAUGUCCUACUACGUCAGUCAGACCCCCUAUAGUGCUUUGAGCACUCCUUUUGUUGAGCCAAAGAAUAAUGGCAGUUCCCUUGCACCCCCACAAUCACAAGAAGAGGAAGGAUCCACAAUGGGGUCGGUUAAUCGUUCACUGUUCCACACCCAAGAAUUUCUAAACACCCUAAACACUCUAGAAGAGGGUCUUAAUUCGUCCAAACCUGACAAUUCCCCGACUAGUAUCCCUUCCAAGAACAUUGGGAAGAUCUACGUCUGUGGAAGACCGCGUCCAGUCUUGUGCCGUCGCUGUGUGGAGGUAACUGUAGCCCUUCGCUACGGUGAAAUGGCAUUUAUUAUACCUGAUGUCUACGAAAUAUUGACGUCAGAUAUCGAUAUAAAUGAAUUAAUUGGGCUCCAUGUGAUUAUUGAAGGCGACCGUGGCGAGGACAUGGGUAUUAUAUCAGCUGUCAAUUCAAAUAAAACGAUAACCACAGAAACCACUGAUAGAAGUCCAGUGAAGCGAAACGAUGCGAACCUCAAUGGAAGCGAUUAUAAAGCUGAAAACAAUAUGAAUUUACCAAAGGUGUUGCGCCGCGCGAGUAACUUAGACAUCACACGAUAUGAGGAACUUUCCCAGGCCGAAGAAGAGGCAUUGACCCGUUGCCAAGAAUGCUUAGAGAGGGUUGAUUUGAAAGUACCUAUUACCAUUGAACGUGUGAUUUUUCAGUUUGAUCGCAAGAAGCUUACUGUACAGUUUAAAAGUGAGGCAUAUGUAGAUUUUAACAUCCUCACGCGCAUGCUGCACACCCACUACAAGUGCCGUAUCUGGAUGCAUCAGUUGAACCGCAACGUUCAGUGUAGUCCCAACAGUUCUAAAACACAUGGCGAGCGCCGUCACAAUGAGUAUAGGAUGAAUAUUCGAAGAAAAAGUAAUACCAAUCUUAACCGUCGUCGUGAAUAA